CUGAAUAACGACCCUGAAUUCAACCAGUUAUCGAUGUGACCUUGAAAUCUUCGAAUCAAUUGAAUCUCAAUUUACGACCAAUCAUAUACUGCGUAGUUUCCGUCCAUGUUUUUUUCUAUAUAAAGCUAUAUAAAUUGGCCUGGUUUGUUAUUCUAAUCAACUAAAUACUAAGAAUUAAUACCGUUUAAUAAUGCCGUUAACAUCACGUUCACCUUACGACAGUAAAACACUACUUGCUAAGUAUUAUGAUUUGCCUCAACCUGAUGACAAAAUUCAAGUUAUGUACGUAUGGAUAGACGGAAGUGGAGAAAAUUUACGCUGCAAAACAAUGACUUUACAAGAAGAACCAAAAGUUCCAGAAGACUGUCCAAUAUGGAAUUUUGAUGGAAGUAGUACGGGUCAAGCUGAAGGUUCUAAUUCUGAUGUUUAUUUAAAACCGUGUGCAAUGUUCCGUGAUCCAUUUCGUGGUGGCAAAAAUAAAUUAGUCUUAUGUGAAACUUAUAAUUACGAUAAGAAACCACAUGUUUCAAAUCAUCGUUAUCUUUGUAAUCUUGUCAUGGAGAAAGCAAAAUCUCACCAACCAUGGUUCGGUAUCGAACAAGAAUAUGCUCUAUUAGACAUCGAUGGUUAUCCAUUACAAUGGCCUAAAAAUGGUUUUCCUCCACCUCAAGGACCUUAUUAUUGUUCUGUUGGAGCUGGUAAAGCACUUGGUCGUGAUAUACCAGAAGCUUUAUACAGAGCAUGCAUGUAUGCAGGAGUUAAAAUUUGUGGUAGCAAUGCAGAAGUUAUGCCAUCACAAUGGGAAUUUCAAGUUGGACCAUGUGAAGGUGUCUCAGCUGGUGAUCAUUUAUGGAUGGCUAGAUUUAUAUUACAUCGUGUAGCUGAAGACUUUGGAGUGAUUGUGUCACUAGACCCGAAACCAAUGCCUGGUAACUGGAAUGGUUCAGGAGCGCAUACAAACUAUUCAACUCAGGCUAUGAGGGAUCCAAAAUCAGGUUUACAAGCAAUAGAAGAUGCUAUUGAAAAACUAUCACAUAAACACAUGGAACAUAUUCAAUGUUAUGAUCCUAAACAUGGUUUAGACAAUCAAAGACGUUUGACUGGUAAUCAUGAAACAAGCAGUAUUAAUGAUUUUUCAUCUGGUGUUGCAAAUAGAGGCAGUAGUAUACGUAUUCCAAGACAAGUUGCUGAAAAUGGUUGUGGUUAUUUGGAAGAUAGACGUCCAUCAUCCAAUUGUGAUCCAUACAUGGUCACCAGAAUGUUAGUAGAAACAACAUGUCUUUAAUUAUUAUUACCAUUAUUUAUAAAAUAAUGAAGAACUAAUACACAACAAAGAAAUCAAUUUUUAUUUAAAAACAUAAUGUUACUAAAUAAUAUCGAAUGUUCCCAUAUAAUCACUUCAUUUUGUUAGUGGUUGCAAUAAAUUUAAAAACUGUAUUUACAUAAUUUUGAUAACCGUUGUCAUCAUUAAUUUUUCUCCAUUGUUUACGAAGUUAUCAUCGUCAUCAAAAGCAGAUGCAAGAGCAGUAGUGUCGUUAUUAUUGACUUUUCAAUGAUCGAACAAUUUUUAUUUUCUAGUAUUUUCUAUCAUACAAAUUUAUAGUUUACUUAGUGAACUAAUCAUUAUCCCAGUUACUGUUUAAUUAUUGAACCAUUCACAACAAAGGGAUUAAGAAAUGUUAAAUAUUGAUUUGAGUUUUCUAAACAAAUAAACACAUACACCAUCUUUUCUGUUUGUCCUUUUAUAUCACUUGUCAUUUAAAUUUAUCGUUUGUGAUUUAUAUAAGAAAAAUCGUUUUAUUUUUUAUUUUAAAAAGUUAUGAAUAAAAAACAUUAAGAAAUGAAUUAUGAAA